AUGGAGACCUCGGCACCGGUAGCUUCUGAUGCUUGGUCAUAUCUCAAGUCCGCAAGCUUCUUCAGAGAUCUGAUCGACGUCGCUCAAAGGGUCAAAAAGUCAAUAGUCGAUACUGGAUAUAAAAUGUUCUACACCAGAUGCGAGCGCCGCGUUGCCGCAGCUCAAAAGAAGGAUCGGCCAGAUCUUGAAAAAAUUGGAUGGGACUCUCAGAGCUACGCUAAAACGUUCAAGCUACCUCCUCUUGAAGACAAAAUGGUCAGAGUAAACGGGAAAACAACAACUGUGGAAGAAUUCCGUGAAAAAUACGAAAAACCGCGGAUUCCAUGCGUUAUAACAGGUCUAACCGACAACUGGAAGGCAAAAGAUAACUGGCAAGUCAAGGUAAUCGCUAACCAGUUUACAUGUACUUCUUUUACAAGUGUGACUUCUAAA